CCAGGCGCUGGUGUCUGCGCCCGCCCCCCGCAGCCUUGUCCCUGCUCCGGGGGGUCCCUGGGUCUCCGGGGCAUAUCGUUGCUUCACUGCUCGCUCGAGCCUCCAGGGAUCGGGCCGCCGGGGCAGCGCAGAGAGGCGGGCACAGGCGACAGCGGCGCAGAGUGGCUCCUCCCGGGGCCGGCCCAAGCGGGGGUCUCGGUGCCUGCGAAGCGGCAGGGGUCGCUCCGGGCCCGGUGCCCCCUACGCCCCGUCCGGGUCCCAGCUGGGGCGGGGCGCGCCCAGCGUUUCCGGGAGGAGCGGCCCGGGCGCGCGGCAGGUGCGGUGGCGCAACUCGCAGGUAGGCGACCGCUGGUCCCGCCGCUGAGGCCCCUCCACUGCCGCCCGCCCGGCACCCCCUCCGGGCCGCCGUGGCCCGCGCCAAACCUGAGCGUCUCGGUCGGGAACUCCAGUUACCCCCUCGGGGCGCAAGGCUGCAGGGGUAAGGGCGGGGUUGUCCCCCAGAGUUUCGGGGAGCACAGGAGGCUGGCCGCCCCACCCCGCCAGCCCAUCCUCCCACCUCCCUGGGGCCCUGCUGCCGCGCGGCUUCCGGCUGGGGUGGACCUCAGGUCUAGCCGGCAAGCCGGAGGGCGGGCGAGACAACAACGUGGCCUGGAGGCAAUGGCCCUGGCCUCUCGUGUCCCCUUCUCUCACCUGCCCAGACUUGCCCUCUUUGGAGGUCGCCCGGGCUAAGGAACAUGGAAGGACGCUGGGUGGAGAGUGAGGGGAGAGGAUCCCAGCUCCCCCCGGGGGGAAGGCGGCUGUUGGUGGGGAGCAGCUUUGGGAGAUCCGGGAUCAGGACAUUGUGUGAAGGACAGGUGGCUCUGGUUAGGGGGCGGGGCGUCCCUGCAAGGAGGUGGGAAGGGAGGCCCCAGGGAGUUCUGAAACGGGGAAGGGCCUUAGUGGUGUGGGGCAGGGGUGUUAGGUCUCGAAUCUGAAAGUGUUCCUGAGUGGGGCGUCAGAGGCGCAGGGCUCCGCAGGCUGGGACCUUGCCCCUGCACUCUGUGGGCUCAGUUGUGGGGAGGGAGGGGCCGGUGGGCAGGAGGGAGAAGUUUGCCCUGCCUGCCAGCUGUCAUGAGGCUGGGCCACACAGGCCCAGGCCAGGGGCUAAGGACUUGGUCAGGACUGGCUGAGCCCUCACUUGGGAUCAGAUCUCCAGUUGCAGAGUGUGAGGGGCUCCUCCCUCACUGACCCCAAGCCUGCUCCUCUCAGCUUUCAGGACCCCACCUUCCUUAUCACCAGGUCUUCUCCACUGGCCCCUGAGAUUGCCAUCACCUCCAGCUCCUCCUCUCCUGAAGUUGGCAGCCCCUCCUGGGUUCCAGCCUCCUGAGAUGCCAGACCCACUGGGGCAGUACCCACAGGCCCUGAGCCUACAUCAACCACCCCAGUGAUACCCCAAGCCUGCAGCAUUUUCCACCCCCAGCCCCCUGGUCCCACCUUGCCUUCCGCCCACCUUCCCACCUGCUGCAGGGAGGGCCCUCGGCUGAGCCUUCAGACACACUUGCACCCCAUCCGCUCCCCUCCUGAAUUUCUUCUGACCCUUCCUUGGCUUCACAGCACCUGAAGGCCAGGCUGAGGCCGCCUGCUCUCAUGGCCAGCCCUGGAAAGCCUGGGGCUGAUGAGGCCCAGGAGGAGGAGGGGGAACUCGAGGGGGGCUCUGCAGGGCCGCGGGCUGCAAUACUGGAGCAGGCUGAGGAGCUGUUUCUGCUGUGUGACAAGGAGGCUAAGGGCUUCAUCACCAAGCACGACCUGCAGGGUCUCCAGAGCGACCUGCCCCUCACGCCAGAGCAGCUGGAGGCUGUGUUUGAAAGUCUGGACCAGGCUCACACUGGCUUCCUCACCGCCAGGGAGUUCUGCCUGGGCCUGGGGAUGUUUGUGGGGGUGGCGUCAGCCCAGGGAGCGAACCCCUGCAGGACUCCCGAGGAGACCUUUGAGUCGGGCGGGCUCGACGUGCAGGGCACGGCGGGCUUUCUGGAUGAGGAGGAGGAAGAGGAGGAGCGAUUCCACACUGUGCUGGAGCAGCUGGGGGUGGCCCCGAUCCUGGGCGAGCAGCGGGGUGUGAGGACGCUCUGGGCCAGGCUGCAGCGCGAGCGCCCCGAGCUGCUGAGCUCUUUCGAGGAUGUUCUGAUAGGCGCGUCGGCCUGCCUGGAGGAGGCGGCCCGGGAGCGCGACGGCCUGGAGCAGGCGCUGCGGAGGCGCGAGAGCGAGCACGAGAGGGAGGUGCGCGCUCUGUACGAGGAGACGGAGCAGCUUCGGGAGCAGAGCCGGCGCCCGCCGAGUCAGGUGGGCCUCGGGCCCCGCCCCUCCCGCCAGGCCCAAUCCCACCUCGCUGGCCUCCCUGGCUCCGCCUUCUCUGAAUUAAUCCCUCCCCGACGGCCCCACCUCCGCGGGUCCAGGCUGCCCUCAGCCCGAGGAGAUCCCACUGGGCCUCACGUAUCACCCCCGUCCGGUCUUCUCCACCCGACCCCGCUCCGCCCUGGCCCACUCCCAGCCCCUGGCCCUCCGUGUACCUCUUUUGCAUGGCCGAGCGGCCGGCGGAGGCUCAGUGGUCCUCCGUGCGUCCCAGAACUUCGCCCGCGGGGAGCGGAGAAGCCGUCUGGAGCUGGAGCUGCAGAGCCGCGAGCAGGACCUGGAACGCGCGUGCCUGCGGCAGCGGGAGUUAGAGCAGCAGCUGCACGCCCAGGCUGCGGAGCACCUGGAGGCACAGGCCCAGAACUCCCAGCUGUGGCGGGCGCACGAGGCGCUGCGAACGCAGCUGGAGGGGGCGCAGGAGCAGAUCCGCAGGCUGGAGAGCGAAGCACGAGGCCGCCAGGAGCAAACCCAACGGUGCCGGGGGACGGGGCUGGGCGGGCCCCGGUGCGUGUCCCGGGGGCGGGGCCGACGGGCGCUCAGGUCUGGGCCACUUUCAUCCCCAUCUCAAGUCCCGGGCCCGCCCCGUGGGAGGGAGGGUCUUCUAGGGGGUCCUGGGGCUCCCCAAGGAGCCUUCCUGCAGCCGGGUCACCACCUCCCAUCCUCAGAGACGUGGUCGCCGUCUCCAGGAACAUGCAGAAAGAGAAAGUCAGCCUGCUACGGCAACUGGAGCUGCUCAGGGAGCUGAAUACACGGCUGCGGGAUGACAGGGACGCCUGCGAGGCCAGGCGCGCGGGCAGCAGCUGCAGGAAGGCUCUGACAACAGCCCGCCUGCCUGGGCCCACCUGCUGCUGCUGCUGCUGUUGCUGGGCUCGGCCCCCCAGACGCGGCUCUGGCCACCUUCCCAGUGCCCGGUGACCAGCCCCGAGUGACUCACGGACCAUGAGCUAGAAGCUGCCCUUGCAGGAGGCUUGUCGUGGGUCGGGGGUGCCCACUCAGGAUGCAGGCUCUCCCCAGGGGGCCCCAGGCUCGCCUGACUGAAGACAUGAAGGACCUAGCCUAGGAGUGGUCAGGGUCCCGGGAGUGGCCAGGGUCCCGUGUGUACCCUCUGCCAGUCUUCGCUCUGUCCCCGUUCAAUCAACCCCAUCUCAGUUCAGCAGAAAACCCCCUCGUCAAAUAAAACCCACUGACUGCACUGCGUCCUCCUGGGCCUUCCGUGUGUCUGGGAGCCACAGCCUGUGUGUGCCACAUGGAUGAGGUGGGCACCUGUGCACGCGUGCUGUGUGGGUGAAUACAGGGAGCGCGGGCCUGUGGCGAUGGGGUUGAGGUCCUGCGUGUCCUCUUGUGUCCCUGGUCAUGCCCCAAACUCACACUACCCAUCAAGGCUGGAGCCCCUCGGGGCCCUCGCCAGUGUGUGGAUCAGGGCUCCCCACUGUCUCGCCAGGGAGGCCGGGCAGGUUCCCGGCCUCAGUCGGCCACCCCCUCCCAUGCUGGUCCUCCCCUGUGGCUGUGAUCAAUGAGCUUGGUGGGUGGGGAGCCCCCUCCUUCCUCACUCCCACUCUUGGCGUCUUGGUGCAGCCCUAGGCCGGCCCUGCCCUUCCUCCCUCACCUCCUCGCACCGCUCCCAGUGGUCCCUUCCAGUCUGGAGGGCAUGGGCCCCCCAGGACCCCAUGGGUAUGUCUCGCUGGGACCCCAGGCCUGCCCGGGUCUCCAGGCUGUCCACACUGCACGUACAGUAGCCCUUCUCCCGCAUCUGCCCACAGCGCUAGGCCCUCCCCUGCCCCAGGCCGGCAUCCGUUCUGCCGACCCCUGCAGCCUCU